GAAAUACUGAAGACCAUCUGGGCAAACACAAGGCUUAGAAACAGACACACAGCAUUCUUCGUGCCAGAGUCUACCAAGCCUCAGAGCCUGUCUACAGGAUGGGCUCAUGCUAGCAGGUUUGCCGUCUUGGGACCCCAUGGCCGUCCUUACUGGGCUCUUUGGCUUCUUUGCCUAUGUCAGAGGAGCCGUCAGCCAGCGCUGCUUCAGCACCUCUGGGAGCCUCAGCGCAAUCCAGAAGAUGACUCGGGUCCGAGUAGUGGACAACAGUGCCCUGGGCAACACCCCCUACCACCGACCACCCCGAUGCAUCCACGUCUAUAACAAGAGCGGGGUGGGCAAGGUGGGUGACCAGAUCCUGCUGGCCAUCAGGGGGCAGAAGAAGAAAGCACUCAUCGUGGGCCACCGCAUGCCUGGCUCCCGAAUGACUCCAAAGUUUGACUCCAACAACGUGGUCCUCAUCGAGGACAAUGGCAACCCUGUGGGGACUCGAAUUAAGAUACCUAUCCCCACCAGCCUCCGCCGGAGGGAAGGAGAGUAUUCCAAGGUGCUGGCCAUCGCUCAGAACUUUGUGUGAGCAGAGCGGCUCUGAGCUGAGCAGCCAUUCCCUCCACACUGGUGACAGUGUCCUGGAACUGAAUAAAUGUUUUGAUGUCUGUUUUCUUCCUAUGCUGUCCGAGCUGUGGUUGUGAGGUGGGUGACUAAAGCAGUUGAAUGCUGGAGUCCUCCCUAUAUUCCAGGAAUGGCCUGGGCUUCUCUUACAUCUGACAGCCUUGGGCCUAUGCAGACACAACUGCUUCUUGUCUCUUUUUUUC